AUGUCUUAUUCUGAUGUAUCGUGGAUCUCCAAUCUUGCAAGAUCACAUGUAUUCCCACUCUACAUUGCAUCACAGAAGCUCCAUCACUUCAAUUUCCUCGUCUUCUUCCACUUCGUCACUAUUGUGUUCAAGAUCAUAGAUUGCGGCUCCGGUUCAACACAUUGUGAAAAUGCUUCUCAAGUAGAUUGUGUCUCAAACCGUAAAGAAAGACAAAAAGUGUCUUACAGAAGUUGUCGAGAAGCAUCCAAAUUGCGAACACAUCCUCUUAAAGAUAUACCUUUACAUGAUCGUCUUUAUGUUCGAAUCACAGUAUCGUUCAAUGAAGGAUGGCAACCUCGUGCUGGAGCAAGUCAAUUACUUCGCGAUCAACCAAUCCCAUUUCCACAAGUGGUCGAAUCAGAUGAAGAGGUGGAACCAGUUGGACCAACUGGAAAAUCGAGACCACGUGGAAAUAGCAAAGCUGCAGCUUCUCGUAAACAAGCAAAUCCAGAUAAGUGGGACCGUCACACAACUGCUAUUGAAGACCACAGAAAAUUCUGGAAAGGUGGCAGAGAGACAUUUGAAUCCCUAAAUCCAUUUAUCUGUGCAGUGUGUAUGCAAGAAUUCUUGAAGAUAACUACUCUCAAUCAUGAGAGUGAGUUGUAUUGGGCUGCGUUUGAUUACCUUGCUUCGAACGAAAGUGGACGUCAAGUUUUCCAAAUGAAGCUGAGAAGAUAAAAUUUCUAGCAAGAAAAACGGGGAAAACGGAUUGGGC